AUGAAUUCUUUACAACAGAUCAAUGAUCAUACAAGUUUUCUAUCAUCUACAGAUAUAAUUGAUCCUGAUGAAGAAAUUACACGUAUUUUAACAACAGAAAAUCCACAUGGAUCGAAAAAUUUAGUUAUGUUUAGUCAUCGUGAGAAACAAUUUGUACCAUUAGGAAAUCCCGAACAAUUAACUAUACAUUAUUCAUAUGAAGGAAAUCUUAUACCAAUUGAUUCUGAUGAAGCUAAAAAUUAUUUACAAAAAGAAAAAUAUUAUGGAACACAAAUUCUUCCAACAGCAUUACUUGAUGUUUAUAAAACUAAAAAAGAAUCAACAAUAGAAAUAAAAAAAUCGGAUGAAAACAUCGAAUCUUUACAACAAACAGUUGAUGAAGAUGAACAACGAACAAUAAAUGAACCCAUUGAUGAUUCAAUAUCAAUGUCACAAAUGCAAACUGAAAAAUCUAAGAAAAUACUCAAUCGUUUUAAUUAUUGUGAACAAGGCAUACAAACAUAUUCAUCACCAAAAAAAGAUGUUACAACUCUUGCUGAUUUUAUCCCAUAUAAAAAAUUUGUUGGUUUAGCAAAUCAACGUAUAAUCUAUGAAGAAUAUGCUAUUGAUUAUGCAAAACAACAAAAUGAUAAAGAUAAACGAAAACAAAAAAUAAAUUAUGGACCAACAAAAAGUUUAUUAGAGAAAAAAAUUAUUAAAGCAGAUCGUCUUAAACCAGAAGUAAUUACUAAACGUCGUCAAGUACAAAUUUUAAAAGCAAUUGAACGUGUAUUAAAUCAAAAUCGAUAUCAUGAAUUAAUAUUUAAUUUCAAAUAUUUCGAAGAUAAAUCCGAUGAAAUACGUGAUCCAAUGGGUACAUUAUUUCCAUUAUGGAAAUUUUCAGCACCCUACCCAAAUCGAUCUGUUACUGCAUUAACAUGGAAUCCAACUUAUUCGGAUAUGUUAAUCAUAGGAUAUGGACUUUAUGAUUGUGCUGAACGAAUUCAAGGUACUAUUGCUGUAUUUACACUUAAUAAUAAUCAUCCGAAUAAUUUAAUUCAUACUGAAAGUACUGUUUUAUCUAUUGAUUGCUUAUCAUCAAAACCAUAUCUUAUUUGUGUUGGAUUAAUGGAUGGUGAUGUAAUUGUUUAUGAUAUAUCUGUACCAUCUGGUAAAGCUGUUUUUACAAAUUUAUCUUAUAUGUGUAAACAUCUUGGAUGUGUAUGGCAGGUUCAAUGGUGUACUUCAUCGACUGAUCAAUAUUCUCGUUUUUGUUCAGCUGGUAGUGAUGGAAAAUUACUACGAUGGACAUGUAUUAAAGGUGAAUUAAGACAAGUACUCUUAUUAGAUUUACCAAGUGCAACAAAAACUACACGACUUGAUGAUGGUACUCUUCUAACAAUACCAGGUCCGGCAUUGGCACUUGAUUUUCAUCAUCAUCAAAAAGAUAUAUUUCUUGUUGGUACAGAAGAUGGAAAGAUUUAUAAAGCAUCAAUUAAUGACCCAGGAAUAAUUGAUAUGACAUAUGAUGCACAUGAUUUCGCUGUUUAUUCUAUUCAAUGGAGUCCUUUUCAUCCGAAUAUUUUUGCUUCAUGUUCUGCUGAUAGUACAGUUAAAAUAUGGCAUGAAAAACUUGCUGAGUGUUUAAUGAGAUUUGAUUUAUGUACAAGUCUACAAGAUAUUUGUUGGUCACCAUUUACAUCUACUUUAUUUGCUGUUGCUGGAGCUGAUGGUAAAGUUUAUAUAUUUGAUAUUCAUUCAAAUAAACUUGAACCAAUUUGUGAACAACUUUUAACAAAUGAAUUAGGAAAAACAUGUACAAAAAUUGCAUUUAAUUCAAUUCAUCCGAUUUUAUUAGCUGGUGAUGAAACAGGUUGGACUAAUUGUUUAAAACUAUCACCGAAUCUUCGAAAAAAAGCAAAAAUUCGAAAAGGAAUUGAACUUCCACAAAAUUAUGAACCGGAAUUUGAUAAACUUGUACAAGAAUUAGCUCGAACAAUAGCUGAUAAUACAAUCUAUGAUAUUCUUAAUGUUCAAACUAAUGACAAUGAAGAUUAA